AUGAACAUCAUCGAACGACCCGACCCCCACUGGGGCGACCUCUCCUCUGCUCUGCACAACAUUCUCCCCUACGCCAACGACCUCGCCCUGGAAGCUAGCGAAAUGCUCAACAACAUUAUCCACCAUCUCGGCCUCAGUCUAAAGUCCGAGGACUAUGCACCGGGCACCCUCUACUGGGGCAAACAGCUACACCAAUAUCUUGAUCUGAAGUACGCGCUUCCGAAGCAGACGCGAGUCUCGCUUGCCAAAGUCUUUUGGGAGCUGACGAUUGCCCCUGGGAUGGAUGCUACGAUGGUUGAGUUCUUUGCGCUGACAUGCCGCCGUUUGAUCAAGAAAAAGGAUCUUAUCGGACGCGAGGACCUCAUUCUACCGUGGCGACCUCUAUACGACAUCCUCGAGAGGACAUUGUUUCCCAAGAACAGGCAAAGAGCAUUAUUGUCGGAAUCAAAGCGUAUGCUCAAGAUCGUCUGGCUCGCUGAGGAUUCACAAAGAUUUUUCCCUCCAGAGGCACCCUCUCAGAUUCUGGAAGAAUUCCUCCCAAAGAUGAGCACCAGCAACCUACCAGAACUUCUCAAGUCUCAAUCGUACUUGGCCACUUUCCUACCAACAAGCAUCGAAUCUGGCAUGGAUCCCCGCGAAUGGUUGCCGGCUAUUUUCAGGUUGUGGUCGAUGGUUGUUCAGUCAACAGAGUUUGAUCGGAAUUUCCUGGCGCUUGUCGGUCGGGUGGCGGCGGACAACAUCGGUGUUAAGGAUAUGUUCACGCAGUCUCAAACCCGCACUGUGUUCGCUGCUGGUUUGAGCGCGCUUAACUUGCCUGUUGGCAAGGGUCAACGCUCGAACGCCGUUGAUUCACAAGGAGGCACGUCUCACAGUACUAUCAGUCGUAGUGGAAUGAGAAUGAUUACUUUUGUAAUGUUCAUUAUCAACACCAUCAACCCUGUCAGCGAAAAAGAAUCCCCCGAAUCGUCGACUUUGUCGCACCUUGCUGAACUGAUCCAGGCAACAGAGUCUUUUUACCAUCCUUCAAACUACGGGAAGUGGUCCUAUGUCCUUGCUCUGUUCUUGGAAGCCUUGGCUCGCGACUAUCUCGAGAGGUGGAAUGAAGAGAAACAACCAAACUGUAAAACACCUCAGGAAUAUCGCUUGACGACUGAGCUCAACAAUCGUUUCGUGGAGACUGUGAGAGGCGUCACCUAUCAAUUGAUGUUCUCAAAGGACCAGCGUGCAGUGGCGACCAACCAAAAGACUUUACGCUAUCUGGCAUGGAUCAGGCCCAGCCUGAUUAUUCCUGGAGUGCUCGAACGGGCUUACCCAUCGCUGGAAUCAUUGACAGAGAGUCACCGCACGACAAGCGUCAUCUCUGCGCUUGGCGCCUUGGCGGUCCCCAUGCUUAACCGCGAACACUACCCACAAGGGGGAAAGCACUUGGCGCCACUGCUCCACCUGACAGUUCCUGGAGUCGAUAUGAACGAUCCAGUCAAGACUUGGUACACAUUACUGUUUGUCACCUCCAUGGUAUCGACCGUGCCGAUUCGUGAUUUGACCGAGAUGGGUAGCGCAGGAUUCGAAUGGGGAGGCAUUGAUAUCGACAUGCUGGACUCGGAAGGUACUGUCGAUCUGGAUUUGGAAGACUCCAGUCGAAAAGCCUCUACUGCUGACUUUGAGGAAUGGUUAAUGAAGUUUCUGCGCCGCAUUAUUCUCAUGUUUGAGAACUACCCCGAUACCAGUCAAGGAGCAAAGAAAGAUCAAGUUGAGCGUUCAGUGACAGCCACCAUCUCCUAUUGUUUCGAGUCAUUAUUCCAGCAGAUUUCACCCAAGCUAUACGACAUGACGACAAAGCUGGUGAUCGACCUCGUGGAAUCGGCGCCUCUCUCUAACGCCGAAAACGCCAUGGGCGCCUUCAUCUCCUGCUGGGCCGGUGCUGACAGCAAGAAUGCAAUGGCGCGGCUAUUCCCGACUCUCGACAGGCAGAUCCGGUCUGAAUUGGAGCAUGGUGCAAGUUCAGUUCCAUCUCUGACAUACUCGCAUUUGAACAGGGACAACUCGCUGCACUAUUAUCAGACACUCCUUGACCGUUUGAUUGGCUGCGGUGACCUGUUGGGUCACAAAGCAGAGUUGAUCAGCCUUAUAAGGCUGAUGACGGAAAAGUGCCAGGAUCGACGAGGUUACAAACUGGCUGCUAAAGCCGUGUGCUCUGCUUUGAAUGGGCUACUUGUCAUCGCACCUAUGGAUCUUCGGUCGCAUGAGCCAUCUCGAUGGAAUGACCCUGCAUUCAUGGCAGAGUCGCAUAAUCACUGGGGUACGCUGGGAGCGCCAGGAACAGAGGCGGUCAGUUGGCAUGUUCCUUCACAGGACGAAAUCAACUUUGCGAUCGAGUUGAUUGAUACAUUCCACGUCCCUGCAAUGGAGCGUCUCCGGGAACUAAUGACUUCGACGAUGCUGGAAGGCAAGCAGUUGGCGAUCGAGAUCUGCAAGUCGUUAACGAUGGUCAAGGCUGUUAUUGCAAGCAUGGUGACACUGGUCGAGGACGACGGUGACAGUCCUGUUUCGAAGUCUAACGACGAUACGGCAUCUGUGCAACCGUUGAAGCGAAUCGAGUCAGGAUAUUGUCUUACGGACUUGAGCGACCCUCGUACCAACAAGGUCCGGAAGAUUCGCACAGAGACAGGAAAGCUGCUUCACGAGCUCAUGACGUUCUUCCAAACGAAGCGUGAAGAUGAUGUCGUGAACAUCAAGGUCGUCGUCAAGGCUGCUCGUAUCUUCCUCUCUGAUCAUGGCGUAGACAGCAACACCUUUGACAACAACAAGAAGGGACACGAUUUCCUCAAGGAGAUGCACAGGAUCCCGGGACUCAAAAAGGUUUAUCCUCGGUUCAUGCGCUGUCGGCGAGCAUCCCUCCAGCUUAUGUUACGACUCAAGAUCAACUCUUUUGGACGCGCCAAGACGGAGAUGCACGACUCUCUCAUCUUGGGCCUUACAGAGCUGUCACUGAGCCAGUAUACUGAUGUCAGAAAGAAAUCACAAAUCGCUCUCAUCAAGGCGGUAAAGUGUUACCAAGGCGCCAAGAACUUAGUUCUCCCUAUUCUGCUCAAGUCACUGGAGAGCUCCAACACCGAUUUUGAGCGCAUCAAAGGGGCUCUGUAUCUACUCAACGCCAAGGCAUUCGCCCUUCCUUGCCUGCGCGACUGGCGAUUUGCACCUGAAUACAUCCUACGGCUUUGCACUGCCCACCACGCCGACAAGCCGAGUGUUCAGACACUCGUCAGGAAGUGCUUCAUGGAGUACAUCAUGAACCUGACGAACGCCUCCUUCAAGAUGCUGAUCAGCAGCGAGUUUGGAGAAACCGUUCAUCAGUUCAUUGAACUGCACAGCUUGCAGUUCGACCCCGACACUCUCAGUCGCUCUUCAACCAAGGCCAACAAUCGCCGAUUGAACAACAUCAAAGCCUACGACAACUUGGUCCUCUCUCUGACAGAGUUGGUUCAAGACGAGAGCCUUCAUUGGCGUUACCAGACAAUGGCGAUGAGCUUUUUGGAGCUCCUGAUGCGACCGGAGAUCCCUUGCAGCCGCGAGAUUGCCGAGUUUGAGACCAAAAGCUUGCUCUCAGAGAUGCCCACUGUUCGCCGGAUCGCCCUUUCGAGUCUGAGCAUCACAAUGGUCAAUAUCAAGGUCAGGACGUACGCGCAGGGAGACCCUUACAGCCUGAUCAUCCGAAAGGCGUCGAACCCGUUGAAGCGGAUCGUGACUCUUCCCGAGACUAUUCCAGAUGACUUUACUUGGGAGUACCUCAAGGCGUCUGUGACAGAGAUCAACUAUGACAAUCCUGAGUUCAGUCUGAUGGAUGAUUCAACAUCAACGGGAUGGUUGGCGUGGCCAAAGUCUUACAAGGCUUACCUGCCCCGAACAGAGACGUUCAUCAUGCCUGAGGUGGACGCUGACUCUCGGCCGGCAUUUGACCAUCUGGAGCAGUUCUUCGGGCAGGAAUCGUUCUGGGAGAAGCACAUUGAGUACGUGGCGCAAGAACCAGUCCGAGGAGAGCGACAUGACUCCUUUAGCACGGAUCAGGCCCGACUCUACAAAUCGAUCUUUGGUCUUUGGGAGGACAAGUUCUUGGAUGUCAUUGUACCCCCACUGACCAAACUGUGCGCCAAGGUGGACGAUAAAAACUCUCAACGAACAGCGGCAGAGUUGAUGGGAGGAUUGAUCCGUGGUAGCAAGCACUGGAAGAAAUCAGGACUUGACCGCAUGUGGGUAAUGUUGACGCCGCUGCUGAAGAAGGCAUUCCAGCAGUGCACGCCUGACUCCCUGCUGUACUGGGAGAGGUUUGUCAAGUACUGUUGUCAUUCUCGUGAUCCACGACGUGUCCUGCCCCUGAUCACCCUGAUCUUCAACACGCCUCUGGACAAGGACUCGACCGCUGCUUUCUCAGAGUCCAAAAACUUGUUCUUUACCCGGGCUGUUCUGGUUUCUUUCUCGUGGAGGGUUUCCUUGCUGACACCUGCGCUGAGGGCGGACUGUCUUCGCCACGUCACCCAUCCCUACAAGCAGGUCCGUGAGAUCCUGGGCCAUGUGAUCAAUGAACUCUUCCAGUUGGCUCCCCAUCCUUCCUACAAGAGUGUCGAUGCCUUCUUGAAAGACCAAGAUGCACUUGGUGGUGCGUCCAGUACAAUGGUCGAGCAAAUAGACGAGAAAUCCGCGCACCAGAUUACAGAGCUGGUCAAGAACCUGGAGAAAUGGCGAGCUGAACGACCACCUGCCGUCCAAGGAGCCUCAGACUACACUAACGCCAGCAAGACAGUGCUUGCAUGGGUGUACCAGGCGCUGACUGGAUUCCGAGUCCUGUCGACAUAUGGGGUGAUCUUGCCUUUGGUGCCAGAAAUCUUUCAAAUGCAGGAUAUUCCGGACGACCAGGAUUUGCAACAGCUGGCGACACUUUCCCUCUUGCAACUCGGACGAUUUGUGUACCCAGCAGGGAUGGUCCCCACAUUGGUGGACAUGUUCUGCAGGAUCCUGAAGGAAUCGACCAGCUGGCACGUCCGAAACAAUGUCCUUCCGGUUGUGCAGAUCUUCUUUUACAACAACCUGUACUCGAUGGAUGUGCAGAUGAUGGUUAAGGUCAUGGAUGCUGUCUCUGGCAUGCUCUUGGACCCUCAGAUCGAGGUUCGUCAAUUGGCUGCAUCGACUCUGUCUGGAAUUGUCCGAUGCUCACAGCGCACAGCGAUACAGACAUUGAUCUCGCACUUUAAGAAGUUGUUGCUGUCGACUCCACUGCCAGCUCGCAACAAACGGGACCGAUCGCUACCCAAGGAGACUUUGCCAGAAGGCUAUUCGGAGGCGGUGGUCAAGCGACAUGCAGGAGUGUUGGGCUUGUCGUGUCUCCUGGAGGCAUUUCCGUACGAUGUCCCUCAAUGGAUGCCGGAGGCGAUGGUGUUCCUGGCCAAGUACUUUUCGGACCCUCCGCCAAUCUCAACAACGGUCAAGAAGACGUUUGGGGACUUUAAGAGGACCCAUCAGGACACUUGGCACGAGGACCAGAAGCACUUUGACCCUGAGCAGUUGGAGGUGUUGAGCGAUAUGUUAAUUUCCCCCAGUUACUACGCUUAG